AUGACCAGGCCGAACGCCAGAGGAGCGGCGAGCACGGGGAGCACCCAUGCCGCCGACUCCUCGAACUGGACGUUCAGCGACACCGUCCACAGCUCGCGAGCCGGCAGCCACUCGGCGCGCCGCACCUUCACCGUGUCAAUGGACCCGGCAAAGAAGGAUCCAAUCACUUCAACACCCGCCGAGCCCGACCCGGCAGGGGCGAAGCGACGGAAGAAGCGCAAGGCCAAGGCCCGCAAGCCGAUCGGGAUACCCCAGGUGCGCGCCUCGACCCCCUUCCUCUUCGAGGCGUGGGAGAACCGCACGACCGCCAAGGGGCUGGGCGAACAGUACCCGUACGCGUUCCGACGAGACGGGGAGCCGAAGAAGGCGUAUCGCGAGAAGUUGAACAAGAUCAAAGCGGCGCGGCUGGCGCUGGAGACGCCCAGGGCCGAGCUGGAGCGCAUCGCCCAAGGUUCGAGUUCGAUCGCCCGAACGGCCUCUGGUGGCGGCCCCAGCCCCCAACGACAACAACACGAGGUCGCGACAAGGCCCGUCCGCAUGUCGGUCGAGCACGACCGCAGCAACAACCCCGGCCCUGACGGUGCGGGCGCCAUCGUGCAAUCGCUUCAAGCGGAUGUUCGGGCUCUAAAGCGUCGGAUGGACCAGCAAGGGCAGGCCUUGGACCGGAGGAUAGACGCCAAGCUCGAGCCGAUGGCGGCGAGGCUCAAAGAGACGCUCGCCGAGGCGACGAUGAAAAUCGACAACGCACUGUCUGGAGGGCCUCGACAAGCGCACCCCAGAAGCGGUGGCAACAGACGCGUCCCACCCCCAGACGCGCCAAAGGGGCCGCGCUGCAAUGCACCCCCGGGCCGUAACAACAGCUGGCGCCCGGGGCACCCAUCGGGACAGUGA